CUUUUGUACGGACGGGAUCAGUGCUGGUGCUGGAGUGUUAAGGACAUUACUGCUCCAAUAUCUUGCUUUUCAUCAAUCAACACUCAAGAUAACGAAUUGCUAUCGAUUUCCGAAGCACAGCGCUUUUUCUUCAAGGAGAGAUGAGCUUUUUAUUUGGAAACCGCUCAUCGAAGACGUUCAAGCCGAAGAAGAACAUUCCAGAGGGCUCACAUCAGUACGAGCUCUUGAAGCAUGCAGAGGCUACACUGGGCAGCGGGAACCUGCGCAUGGCUGUCAUGCUGCCCGAUGGAGAAGACCUCAAUGAAUGGGUGGCAGUCAACUCUGUGGACUUCUUCAACCAGAUCAACAUGCUGUAUGGGACCAUCACAGACUUCUGCACUGAGGAAAGCUGCCCACUUAUGUCUGCUGGACCUAAAUAUGAAUAUCACUGGGCUGAUGGAACCAACAUAAAAAAGCCAAUAAAAUGUUCUGCUCCAAAAUACAUUGAUUACCUGAUGACUUGGGUCCAGGAUCAGCUUGAUGAUGAAACACUUUUCCCUUCAAAAAUAGGCGUCCCCUUCCCAAAGAACUUCAUGUCGGUAGCUAAGACAAUUUUGAAGAGACUUUUCCGUGUUUACGCUCACAUCUACCACCAGCACUUUGACUCUGUUAUACAGCUCCAGGAAGAGGCCCACCUCAACACCUCUUUCAAGCACUUUAUCUUCUUUGUUCAGGAGUUUAAUUUGAUUGACCGGAAAGAACUAGCACCCCUUCAGGAGCUGAUUGAGAAGCUCACCUCAAAGGACCGAUAAAUCUGCUCUUCCUGUCAGCACAUCCUCUCUAAUUUCUGUGUACAGGCAGUCUAGCUUUGCUCUCUCUUUGUUUGGCAGGUGUGUGGGAAUGUUUCCUCAAAGAGUUGGAAAAGGGCUGAUUCCACAAAACCCUCGAUAAGCCACAACUCAAGUAUAGGUCAAGGUCAUAGUGGAAUUAGACUGAUGUCCUUUUGACGUUUCAAACACAAUUUAAGUGCCUGAUAUGUCCACUUUCAAAAAGCACCAACACUGCUUCAAAACUUAUUUAAGAUUAUUCUUUUGACUUUUUUUGUAGGUGAACAUUGAUAUUAAAAAAGUAAUUAGUGAUAAGUAAGCUUGUUAUCCUCUUAAUCAGGGGUGCCCAAUACGUCGAUCGCGAUCUACCAGUCGAUCGCAAAGGCAAUGCUGGUAGAUCGCACAAAAUUUUAAUGUACUUUAGUUAAAUUUUAAUACAAAUAAAUAUAAUGUCUUUCCUCCUUUUAGUUUCUGUCUGACUUGCACUUGACGAGUAAGUAUUGACCAGGCGAGGUUUUUGUUUAUUCAGUUGCCAUGACAACUAGGUUUGCGCAUAUGCGCCUUCCAAGGACUUCUGAGAACAGAGCGCGAAAUUGCAAUGCUACUGCCCUGAUUAGGCAAAACUGUCUGAUUCCAUUCAAGUCAUCAGAAUAAGGUAAAUGUUCUGGCUAUUGUAAUCUAUUGUGCUGUAGGUGUUUUGGGUUUAGUUUUAAAACUGAAUGAUAUCAACGUUGAACAUUUAUUAUAUAUUUUUUUAUUAAUUAGAAGAUUAAUUCCAUGUAGGGAUACAUGCAGUAGUCCCAACAAGCAUUUUCUUAUUUGAAAUGAAACUGUUUUUUUUAGUUGGUAGAUCUUAUUGAGUUGGUCAUUUAAAAGUAGAUCAUCAAACAAAAAAGUGUGGGCACCCCUGCUCUUAAUGGAUUUAUUUAGAAGUUCCUAGAUUAAAAUAACGAAUGAACCAUGGAGAUGAAACAUCUUUAAUUCUCUGCGUAUUUUUUUUUUUUAAACCACUCCUGUGGAGAUGUUUGGAAAUUCUUUUAUCAGUUUCUGUUAUAAGACUGCUUUGUUUGCAUCAGAUUUUAUCAAACCCUCAGUCUUUCUGUUGUUGUAACACAUUUCACUCAUAACUGAUGAACUUUGCCCUGAGCCUACAUUUUGCCUGAUAAUGCUUUUAUACCACUACAAUAUUUAUAAACAAGUACUUGUGUUGAUGUGUCAGUUUUCGCAGAUUGACUACCAGAGGUUAGGGGUUUGUCUGUUGGAAAUUGGGAUGAAAUGUACUGACUAUGCAAGAUUGGGAUGUCUUAUUAAUUAUUAAUAUGAAUAAUUUAUCUUUUUUUUUAUACCCCAUGACAUACACCAGGGCUUUACAUUAUUUCGGCAAGUCCGCCAUAGACAUAUUUCUGUGUACCCACAACAAAUUUUAUGUAAUUAUCAAUUUCUCUAGCCCUAAUUAACCUUUUCUCCCUGAAAUUCUGUGUCUGUAUCUUAAUUAUUUCAAGGAUCCAGAAUAUAAUCUUUUACUUAAAAUACAAGAUAAUAUAUGAGAAGGUGAAUACAAGUUGGAUAAAAAUCGAUGACAUAUUUGAUAAUAGUUUAGCAUAAUAAUAAACUUCUUUAUCAAUGAUAAUGUAAUGACAAAUUAGAUGAAUAAAUAUAGUACACAAUCAUCCUUUAUCAACAUGGAGACAUAAUUAUAUUGUUGGAAAAAAAGAAGAGGGCUGGUAUUGUAAAUAAUUACAUUCCCACUAAUUUAAACAAUGCAUAACUUUGGUCUAUGAAGUUUCACCCCAUGAAUGUUCAUUUUUCUGAAUGUUACAGAAAAUAUGUUAUUAUUCUAAAUAACACAUGACUAAAAUAUUUCUCAGAAAUAUUCUCUGUUUCAAAAGAGAAUAAGAUCGACUUAACACAAAUGUACUAAACAUUUUUGAUGGCAAGUUGUAAAUAAUAUAAUCAGUAAAGGUAUGCAAUUGGAAUAGCCUGAAAUGCUAAAAUCGCUUAACUUUUGUGGUACAAUUCUGAAUACUGUUUAUAGGA